AUGGAUUUUACUUAAUUGAUUGGCACUUUAUAUUCAACAAAAAAAGAGAAUAUUUAAUGCUCAGGUGAAUAAAAUAAAAAUAAAUGGAUUAACAUGCUAAAUUUACUAAAUAGUUUUGAAAAUAGCUAAGCAAAAUCUUUGUAAAGUCAGCAAUAAAAUGGCCUUUCACACUCAGAUUUUAAAAAUAGUUUACUCAAAAAUAGUACUUUGUAAUUAUUUUGUUAAUGUUAAGAGCAACUUGAAUAUUUAGUUAAUCUUCAAAUGAAAUUUCAAGAAAGAGGACUUAAGCUUAGAGAGGAUUUAAAUGAAUAGUAAAUGCUUGAAGUAGGACUAUGCUUUGCAAUAAUCUUGAUUUUAGAGAAUGAUUUUAUUAGCCAUGAAUUUUUUGGUAUUGAUCAAAACAAAACAUAACCUGCCUUUAAAAGUAUUCACAAAGUGUUAAACUAUGAUUACUUUAUCGACAAUAGCUCGAAUGAAAAUCUACAAAGGUAUGAAGAAAUUACUUACAAAACAGCUCAAUCAACAAAUAAUUAAACAGAAAAUAUUAGCACAGAGAAAAAUAAUGAAUUGGAAAAAUAUUUGCAAACUGAACUAAAACACACAAGUAGCUCGCCAUAACUUUAAUCUCAAUCACCUUUAAAGAUCUAAAUUUAAAACAAUUAGCAUUAAAAAUCAUUUUCAACAUAAAACUAUUUCUCUUAAAAUCUAUACAAAAACUCGCAAGCUAAAUGCUCAACAAUCUCUCAAACAAACAAAAAUUAGCUAGUGAGUAAAAACUAAAGUUAAAAUGUUUUGUUUUAAGAAAAUCAUAUUUUAAACUUAAGCAUUCUUUUUUACAGAUUUUUUAAUUCUUUUUAAAUGAGUUAUGAUACAUUUUCAUCAUAAACUGAGUACUCUUUGAGCAAUUAAUUCUAAAAUGCUAUUUCGGAAUAAUAAUUUAAUUUUAACUUUUGUGAAAAGGUUUUGAGAGAAAGUUAAAAGAAAGAUGAAUCUAAUGUCUUCUAGGAAUAAAAAUACAUUACUCCAAAAAGAUUAACCACACCUGAUGCUAUUAAAUUAAUAGAAAAUAAUUAAUCAAUUAUUUCUGAUAACAAAGAAAAUCAAAAAGGAAAUGUUCUGGAAAGUAACAUUUACACUAAUUCUUUUGAAAAGAGCGUAAUUAAUCAGAAUUAGGAUAUUCUAAAUUUUUUUUUUGAAGAUCCAUCAAAAAAGCUCAAAAAAUCCAAUAGACAUUCAAUGGACUGUUUGGGAGACAAAAUGAAUGAUUCACCAAUGUAACUUAAAAACUUUCAUAUGAGCAAAAAGAAAGAAUAGAGGUUUGAAUCAUGUGUUAUAAACGGAAACAAUAAUCUCUUUGAAGAGAGUUAACUGAUAAUAAACAAACUUGACCUACAAAAAAGGAGAUAUUAGCAAUAUUCUCAAGAGCAAAGCAAACUAAUAUAAGAACUACAUAGCUUAUACAUCGAUCUAAAAACAAAAUAUGAGUCUCUUCAGCAAUCUAGUUUGAAUUUUUCUAAUGAUUAAGAAGCUAAACAAAAAGUGAGGGAAAGCCAACAAAACUUUAGUAUUGAAAACAAAUAAAAGAAUAUUGUAAAAAAAAGUGAUUUUUAAUAGAUUAAUACUUAAAAUUGUGAAUUUGAUAAUUCAUCUGUAAACGAAUAAAAACAAAACUAAAAAAAUGACGAAUAAAUUUUUGAAAGCAAAAUAAUUUAAUCAUCUACUUUGAGCUAGAGCAACAUAAAGACUAGUGAAUGUAAUCCUAUGACAAUGUAGCUUAACUAUUAGUAAAAAAAUAAGAUUUUUACUGAAAACGACUCAGAUAUUAAUAGAAGAUAAGUGCAUGAUGAUAUUUUAAGUUAGAAUUUUUUAUUCUAAAGUGUAAACAUAAACUAAAGCAAUUGUGACUAACUUCCUUAACAAAAUAGUUUGAACCCUGAAGACUAACAAUCAAUAAUUUUUAACUAUGUGAACAUCUCAGACAUAUGGAACAGCUCUCAAAAGUCAUCUCAUGAACUUGUUAAACAUAAAAAGAAAAAAGAUGAAGAAAAGAGCAAUUACUCAAAAAAAGAUAUAGUGACAAUAACUUUUUUAAUUUUGUUGCUAUUUUGUUAUUUUUUACUAAUAUUUUAUUAUUGA